CCAGAGCGGUUCCUCUCAGGAGAGGAACUACGUCUCCCGUGAUGCUUUGCGCUGUGGCUCCCAGAGGAAGUGGUGGAAUCCCUAAAGUUUCCUCCCAUCAGUCGGUGGAGCGAAGCGUUUGCACGUGUUGUUGCUGCAGUGGGUGAGUUGAUGUCGCUGUGGCUCCACGCACUGUGGCUCCGUUCAUCGCCUCACUUUCUCUCCCCGCAGUUUCCACGCAGGCUGAGUCCACGCAGGGACUGAGCAUCGGGUCAGUGGGGCUGCGACUAGUUGCUGCUGCAGAGGAACAGAGCUCUUUGUUUCCUGCUUUACGAUUCAAUCAUCCCCUGGAAAAGGUCACGGCUCCUCCAGCUAAAGUAGCGAUGGCCGAGCGGGUUCUGGUGGUAGGAGGCGGGGGACGGGAACACGCGCUGGCCUGGAAGCUGGCCCAGUCUGAGCGGGUCCAGCAGGUUCUGGUGGCUCCAGGCAACGCAGGAACCGCCAGCUGUGGCAAGAUCAGCAACUCUGAGGUGUCGAUCAGCAACCACAGCAUCCUGGCUCAGUUCUGCAAGGACCACCAUGUGGGUCUGGUCGUGGUGGGUCCAGAGGCGCCGCUCGCAGCAGGUAUCGUGGACGACCUGACGGCGGCGGGCAUUCGGUGUUUUGGACCCACCGCUGCGGCGGCCCAGUUGGAGUCCAGCAAGAGUUUUGCCAAGGCGUUCAUGGAGCGUCACGGCGUUCCCACGGCUCGCUACGGCUCCUUCAGCGAGCCGCAGGACGCCUGCAGCUUCAUCCGCAGUGCCGACUUUCCAGCUCUGGUGGUGAAGGCGAGCGGCUUGGCGGCGGGGAAAGGAGUCAUCGUCGCCGGGGAUCAGGACGAGGCGUGUCGCGCCGUCAUGGACAUCAUGAAGAACGGAACCUUUGGGUCGGCAGGAACCACAGUGGUGGUGGAGGAGCUUCUGGAGGGACAGGAAGUGUCGUGUUUGUGCUUCAGCGACGGUUCCUCCGUCUCUGUGAUGCCGCCCGCUCAGGACCACAAGCGGCUCCAGGACGGAGACGCGGGGCCCCUGACGGGCGGGAUGGGGGCCUACUGCCCCGCCCCGCAGGUCAGUGAUGAGCUGCUGCAGCAGAUCAGAGAGUCCAUCCUGCAGAAGACGGUGGAUGGGAUGAGGCAGGAAGGACGACCUUAUAUGGGUGUUUUGUAUGCUGGCCUCAUGCUGACCAAUCAGGGCCCAAAGGUUCUGGAGUUCAACUGUCGCUUUGGGGACCCAGAGUGUCAGGUUCUGCUUCCUCUGCUGCAGAGCGACCUCUAUGAUGUCAUCAGCAGCACCGUCAGCGGCGCCCUUUCCUCCAACGCCCCGGUGUGGCAGCAGGGCCGCUCUGCGGUUACCGUGGUGAUGGCCAGUGCGGGUUACCCGGGUUCCUAUGAGAAAGGUGUCGAGAUCACAGGUCUGACUCGGCUGCAGGAGGCCGGGCUGCACGUCUUCCACGCCGGCACCGCCCUGCGGGACGGACGGCUGGUGUCGAGCGGCGGCCGGGUUCUGGCCGUGACGGCGGUCGGGUCGAGCCUGGAGGUCGCUCUGCAGGCGGCCAAUCAGGGUGUGGGCGACAUUGGUUUCCCAGGCGCCGUGUACCGGCGAGACAUCGGCCACCGGGUCCUUCAGAACCAACACGGGUCUCUGACCUACAAGGACAGCGGCGUGGACAUCGCUGCAGGGAACCGGCUGGUGGAGAUGAUCAAGCCUCUGGCCAGAGCCACGACCCGACCCGGUUCUGCUGCGGAGCUCGGAGGUUUUGCGGGUCUGUUUGACCUGAAGGCGGCUGGUUUUGUGGACCCGAUCCUGGUUUCUGGCACCGAUGGUGUUGGAACCAAAUUAAAGCUGGCCCAGGCCUGCGGCCGUCACGGCGCUCUGGGUCAGGACCUGGUGGCCAUGUGUGUGAACGACGUUCUGGCUCACGGCGCCGAGCCGCUCUUCUUCCUGGACUAUUUCUCCUGCGGCUCUCUGGACGUGGAAGUGGCUGGCUCUGUGGUUGGCGGUGUCGCCAAGGCGUGUGAGGCGGCCGGCUGCGCCCUGCUGGGUGGUGAAACGGCAGAGAUGCCCGGCGUUUACCCGGCUGGAGAGUACGACCUGGCCGGGUUCUGUGUUGGCGCCGUGGAGCGGGGUUCCUUGUUGCCACGGCUACAGGACAUGGCGGAGGGAGACGUUCUGAUUGGACUGGCUUCCUCUGGUCUCCACAGCAACGGCUUCAGCCUGGUCCGUAAGGUUGUGGAGCGAAGCGGGCUGGGUUUGAGCUCUCCUGCUCCGUUUGGGGAGCAGAACCAGAAUCUGGGCGAGGCGCUGCUCACCCCCACUAAGAUCUACAGCCGCCUGCUGCUUCCUGUGCUGCGCAGCGGCGCCGUUAAAGCCUACGCUCACAUCACCGGCGGCGGGCUUCUGGAGAACCUGCCCCGGGUUCUUGGCCCGGGUCUGGCAGCCGAGCUGGACGCCUCUCGGUGGAAUCCGGCCGUUUUCUCUUGGCUCCAUCAGGACGGCUCCGUCAGCGAGGAGGAGAUGAGCAGAACCUUCAACUGUGGGCUCGGUGCUGUUCUGGUGGUUGGUCCAGCUCAAGCUCAGAAGGUUCUGUCUCAACUCCUUCUCCAUGACGAGGCCUGGAUGGUUGGCCGUCUGGUACCGAGGAAAGCAGGUUCCCCCUCUGUUGUCAUUUCCAACCUCAAGCAGAGCCUGAUGGCGGCUGGUUCUGUGCAGGUCCAUGUGGGCCCAGCACCCAACAAGACCAGAGUGGCUGUUCUGAUCUCUGGGUCGGGUACCAACCUGCAGGCCCUCAUCACUCAGGCUAAAGCCUCCAGCAGCUCCUCUCACAUUGUGCUGGUUGUGUCCAACAGGCCAGGAGUUCUGGGCCUCCAGAGAGCAGCCAUGGCUGGAAUCCAGACCAGGGUUGUGGACCACAAGCUGUACUCCAGCAGAGCUGAGUUUGAUGCCACCAUUGAUGGGCUACUGCAAGAGUUUCAAGUGCAACUGGUCUGCCUGGCUGGCUUCAUGAGGAUCCUCACUGCUCAGUUUGUCAAGAAAUGGAAUGGGAAGCUGCUGAACAUCCAUCCUUCGCUGCUGCCAUCGUUCAAAGGGGUCAAGGCCCAGAAACAGGCCCUGCAGGCCGGAGUGAAGGUCACUGGAUGCACUGUCCACUUUGUAGCUGAGGACGUGGACGCCGGCGCCAUCAUCGUGCAGCAGGCGGUGCCGGUGCUGCUCGGAGACACAGAGGACAGUCUGUCUGCGAGGAUCCGGGAGGCCGAGCAUCAGGCGUUCCCCCAGGCGCUGGAGCUGGUGGCCAGUGGAGCCGUCCAACUGGGACCAGAGGGAGAGGCGGUGUGGAGGACAUAGAGUCUGACUGUCUGUAGUGUCUCACCUAUUUGUUAGGAGGAAACAUAGUUUACAUUAAAGUGCAUGAAUGUCUGAA